GCACUGUAGUUCCGCAAAGCGGUGGUGUGUAAAUGACUUGUUUGUUGAUGAUAAUUUAACAAAUUUUGUAAUAGAUUUGAGAGGAAAACAAUAAUAAUGUCGAAAUCAAUACCAGAUAGGUGGUUACAAUAUAAACCCUAUGGAGAGGUUAUUCAAGGCACGAAAAUCCUUGCAUUUAAGGUUCCGCUACGAGAAGGUGUGGCUAAAAAUCUCCAGCCUCAACAACGGUUCACGACUGCUAUCCUCCUGCAGUCAUUCCCUCAACUCAAGUACAUCGUGGACUUGACAAAUACCAGUCGUUAUUAUGACAAAAAGGAUUUCAUCGACGCUGGAGUUAAAUAUGAAAAAGUCAUGGUUCCUGGAAUACAAGUGCCUCCGAUGGACGUUGUAAAAAAAUUCUUCAAAGCAAUGGACGAUUUCACCGCAGUUUGUGGAGAAAAUGAAAUGAUAGGCGUGCAUUGUACUCAUGGAGUAAAUAGAACGGGUUACUUUAUUUGUCGAUAUCUUGUACAACAACUCGGUUGGAAACUGACACACGCUUUGCAAGCGUUUCAAGAAGCCCGGGGAUAUCCGAUUGAACGUCAGAAUUAUGUAAGUGAAUUGAGGAAAGCGCCAUGCGGUCGUAAAAUUGACACGAGCAAAGUGAAUCUAACAUUGCCCAGCAGCAAUAAUACCCGUGCGAGAAAGGUGCCAGUAAAACGAAGACCUCCUCUGAAUCACCCAGGUGGUCGACCACCCCCACCACCGCCACCCUAUCUAAUGGGUCCACCAGGCCCCGGUUUCCAUCCACCACCACCGCCACGCCGUGGUUUCGCCAAUGGUGGACCAUUUCCACGAGGCGGUGGUCCACCACGUGGAUUCAAUUUCCCCGCACCACCUCAGCCAGGCUAUGGACCACGAUUGGGCGGCCCACCUCCACCACCACCACCUCAUGGCGCCCGAUUUGGUCCACGACUGGGCCCAAGAAUGGGCAUGAGAAGUCCAAUGCCGCCAAUGCCACCAAUGGGCGCUCCGGCACCACAUCCACGAGGUCCACCUCGCAUGCCAUUACCGCCAAGAAUGCCAAUGCCACCAAGAAUGUCUGGUCCACCACGAUUGCCAAUGGGACCUUUGCCAAGGUUACCUCCCGCCAAAAUGCCACCACCGAGACUUCCUCUAGCCGCUCAGCACAUAGCAGGAAAGCGAAAUUCACUGCAGAAUUCACGUAAGCGUAAAAUUCGUGCCGCUGCCGCUGCUGCCACGGCGAUAACGAAAAACAUUAAAGAUCAAGAUUUUACUGUCGACACAUUCGAGGAGAAUUUAACAACCGCACCACCUGGAAAAGCAAGGAGAGUCUCUUAAUUAAGACCUAAAUAUUGACGUUAUUGUGACAUCAUUUUUUUUUUUUUUUAGGACUUUUUUGACACACGAUGUACAAUGGAAUAUUGUAAAUUCAAAUAAAAAUGUAUAGUAGGGUCUGUUAACACACACAAAAAUAAUAAUUGUGAAUCGACAGUUAAAGUUAAUUUCUCUAUUAAAUAAGUAUUUAAGAAUUUUUUUUUUCCUUUUUAACUAUGGGUUAUAUAAAUAAUAGAAUUUUUUGACUGGACGUCAUAAUAGUUCUUUAAUGUACGUUCUAUGUUUAUGAAAAAAUGUCGCAGAAAUAGUUUUUACUUUUUCUUUUCAACUAAUAGUGAAAUGUUUCAUCAAGUUUUGGAAUUUUCAAAUGAGCGAGAAUUUUUCUUGCUUCCUAAUUCGAUUUUUUAUUUUUACAUAGAGUUGGAAUUUUAUUCUUUUAUAUUGCCCUAAUAGUGAGAAAUAUUUCAUUCGAAUUCCUGGAAUAUUUCAUACAACUUUCAGGAAUAUUAAAAUGUCCAAGAGACCUUUGAAUGCUCCUCUCGAGUAAUAUUGAAAUAUUCCAUUCAAAUAUUUAAAUAUUCCAUUCACACUCUCUGGAAUAUUUCAUCCAUCUUUCAGGGAUAUUAAAAUAUCCUACCUUUGGAAUAUAAUAGAAAUAUUCAAGUGGAAUAUUAGAGGAAUAUUCCAUAGGAAUAUUACACUUUAAAUUUACAAAUUCUACAGUUACAGUGAAACUCUAUUUCAGUCCUCCCAAAAGAAGGAAUAUUUCAUUGGAACCUUCGAAAUAUUCCUUUGGAAUAUUCCAUUUACAUUUUGGAAAUAAAAAAUUGUCUGACCUUUGAAAGUUUCUUUGGUAUAAUUUAGAAAUAUUCUAUUUGAAUAAAAUAGAAAUAUUUCAUUUGAAUAAAAUAGGAAUAUUUCAUUGGAAUAAUAUAGAAAUAUUUCACUCGAAUAUUAUGGGAAAUACUCUAAUGGAAUAUUUCUUUUUCAAAAUAACAACUUUGUCAGUACAAAAUAAAUUGAUGAAUUUAUUUAAAUGGUGCGAAUUUUGAUUAGUAAAUUAUUAUCAAUAAUACUAAUAAAAAUAAUAAAAUAUUUUUGCAAAAUUCCAAUGGAAUAUUCCUACAAUAUUUUCAUGAAAUAUUCCUACAUUUUUCCAAAAGAACAUUCCAAAGGUCGGAUAUUUUAAUAGUCCAAAAAUGAGGAUUAUGAAAUAUUCCGAGCUCUUAGUUGUCUCUUAGCUAAAUAAAUAUUAAAUUUACUAUAUUAUUCAUUUUGAUACAGUUUUAUAAUAUCAAUUAUUUCAAUAUUUUAUUAAUAAAUAAUUAACAGCACGCAAUAUUCCAAUCACUUUCUUAGAAUAUUUUAUUAAAACAUUGGAAAUAUUCCAUCUACAUUUUAGGAAUGUUAAAAUAUCCGACUUUUGCCAUAUUUCUUUGGAAUAAUUCAGGAAUAUUCCUUUAGAAUAAUAUAGGAAUAUUCCAUUGGAAUAUUGCAGGAAAUAAUACAUUGAAAUAUUAGUUUUCAAAUUUGGAAUAUUUCUUUGAAAUAACUUAAAAAUAUUAUAUUGGAAUAUUGUGGGAAUAUCUAAGUGGAAUAUUAUAGGGAUAUUCCAUAAGAAUAUUACUCCUUAAGUUUACAAAUUUUCCCGUUUAAAAAAAAUCGAUUAAUUUAUUUAAAUGGUUUUAUAAUUGAUUAAAACAUGAUCAAUAAUACUAAAAAAAAAAAUAUUUUUACAAAAUUCCAAUGGAAUAUUUCCACAAAAUUUUGAGUGGAUUUUCCUGCAACUUUCCUAAGGAACAUUCCAAAUGACAGAUAUUUUACAAUGAAAAAAAGAUUUAUUUGAAUGAACUAAACGAUUACUUGUCUAUUUUCAAAUAAAUAUUUACCUGCAUCAAAUAAUUUUUAUUUGAAUUCAAUUUUAUUUGAACCAAGUACUGAAAUUAUUGAUUCAAAUACAAUCUAUUUGAUUUGAAUAAAAAUUAUAUUUAAUCAAGUAUUGAAGUCAACGAAAAAUGAUUUUACUCAAGUAAAUAUUUAUUUGAUAAUGGACAAGUAAUUGAUUAUAUGAGUCAGAUAAUUUUUUUCAGUGUAAUAUUUCUUAAAAUGUGGGUGGAAUAUUUCUCUGAAAUUUUCCAAUCCUUCAGUGGAAUAUUCGAGUAAUGUUCCGUGAUAUUUCGUGUUUUUGGGGAAUUUAUUAAUUUUAAUAAAAAAAAUGUUAUGUUAAAAUAAAUUUUAAUGGAAGAAAAAUUCAAACUUAUUAAUUUGAACGGUUUUCUCAUUUAAAUAUUCGAAAACUUUAUGGAAAUCAAGUAAAUGUGAAUUUCUAGUUUGGCUACUAUAGAAAAUAACUAUAUUCUUGAAUUAAACAUUGUGUCAUCAUGUAUAUCGAUAAAGAAAAUCCUCCUAAAUUAGCAAAUUGGAAGUUGUAUUUAUUGUAAUUAUAUACAAUAUUACCAAUUUUAUAAAAUGCGAUGAAUUUAUUUUACACACUUUUCUUAUUUUGGCGUUUACUUUUUGAGAUGACGAUGAUGAUGAUGUUUUUCCAAAUAGUCGUUUUGAAAAAUUGCAUAAAAAAAUAUUUGUAAUCGAUAAGUGACAAUUAAGAAAGCGUGAAGUUUAUAAAUGUUGAGUGAAUUUUACUUUCCUUCGAGGGGGGGUUUUUUUAGUGACAUGUUUCCGAUAACGUGUUACCUUUACUUACGCACUCUCUUCGCUUAUUAUUCUUUACCUUUAUAUAUGAAGUACACUUGUGCUUAAGCAAAAAAAAAAAAAUAUUAAUAAAAGUAAUUCGUAUUGAAAAAUAAAAA